CAGAUGCAGAAACAGAGCAAGUAGCGUACAGUGCUGCACCGUCAUCCCUCCCUCCCAGAGUCGUGCCGGCUCCGCGUCACCAUGGCGCGCGCUGCCGUCGCUCUGACUUCCUCAGCUCGGAUCUCGUUUCACGAGCUUGCAUGUCCUUCUUGCCGUACGUUGAAUCCGCACCCGACAAUUAGGGUUUGACGAGCCUGCUUUUGAUUCCGACUCAUUAUUUUUUACGAGUCGCUCGCGCUAAACUUCGAUCUCUCCUCCACGUUAAUCAGUAUCGCUUGGCGAAGUCGCUCCGCCAUAAGCCGAAGAUCAGGAGCAUUCCGUCCGUCCACCAGAUCCCCCCCGCUAGAAAACUAGUUUUGAGACCUCUUGAAACUAUAUUGCUAUCAUAAGAAUCAGGAGCAUUCCGUCCAUCUACCAGAUCCCCCUCGCUUCCCCAGAUCGCACAAUAAUCCAACCCCACUCUCCCUUCUCCCUCCACUCCCCCCACCCAUUGUGCGCGAUUUUUUAGAAUUCUUCACUCCUCUCGAGUGAAUGACCCUCACUCCGCCGUACCGCCUCCUCUCUUGAGUCAACUCAAACGUCGCUCCGCCGUACCGCCGGUGAUUUUUGAGUCGUCUGAAAACCCACCGACUGAAUGACCGUCACCCUGCCGUACCGUCUCCUUUUCUGACGCGCUGAUCCGAAUCGCGAUGUAUUUGACCCGCUGCUGCUUGACGCAAUCGCAUUCGCGGGGUAUAGCGAGCCAAAAUGGGGACUUUGGCUCACCAGUCGCGUCGCGUCGAUUCGAAUGCCCUCUAUUUUAGCGUCGCGACAAGGACGGACGGCUCAUUGGAGCCAUCCGCACGUGCGCCGGCCGAGUCGGAUCUGUUCGCUCGUGCGAACACAGACUCGGAGUAUUCCGCACGUGCGCCGGCCGACGCAAUCUUUUCCGCGGACUCGUUCUCCGCGCGUGCGCCGGCACGAGGGGAAGAUGCGGAGAAGUUAGCGCAGGCGGAGAUACAUCCGGAGGAGCGGAAAGCGCAGGAGAUGCGCCACGCGCGGAGCGCGAUUCAGGUCGGGGGGGAGAGCCGGCGGCGCGGCAAGGACGGGGGAGGGGACGGGGACGAUGGGAGGGGAGUGCGGCUCCGCCGAAACGAGGAGGGCAGCGGAAUUCAUGCGGCGGAAACGAGAAGUAGUAGCGGAUGGUCUGGUGAAGGGAGACUGGAUGGAAAUGGUAUAGGAGCAGGGGGAAGAUGGCGAGGGGAAAGAGAAGGGCUGGGGGGAAGGGGAGGAAGAGGCGGGAGGGGCGGGAGGAGCGGGAGAAGAGGAGGGAAGGAGGGGGAAGAUGGUUCGCGAGAUGGUUCGAGAGAUGGCCGGGGGGAGAGCGUGGGAGGGCUGACAGUGAAAAGCGACGGGAGGAUUCAUGCUUGUAGUUCCGUUAGCGAGAGUGACAGUAACGGCGGCAACACCAGCAGCAGCAGCAGCAGCAGCCGUAACUCGUGCGGCAAGAGAGGCGACAGCGGGAGUCGCACCAGGAAUGUUGCUGCUGCUGCUGCUGCUGCUGCUGCUGGGAGUGGGUCAGGCAGUGGGGCAGGGAAUGGGUGGGGCCAUAAUUUCGGGAAUGUCGGAGGCGUGGCGGAAACCGCGGGGCCCGCUGGAGGAGGGGCAGGCGUGAGCGGUGGGGGAGGGGCAGGGGGAGGGACAGGGGGAGGGGCAGGUGGAGGGGCAGGGGGAGGGGCAGGGGGAGGGGCAGGUGGGAAAUCUUCUGCAAACCUAUUAGCGAGGAGAGCAGCACGUGGGGUGUGGGCAGGUGGGGUGGGGCAAGGCGGGGGAGGUGCGGGUGGGGGGGAUUCGCCUGAUUCCGCUUUUGAGUCGACUCAAAAGCAUUCCGCGCACCUGUUCAGCCGCAGCAGCAGCGAGGCGAGCACAACGAGCAUCGCCAGCAACGGGCUCAGCAGCAGCAGCGGCAAUACUAGCGGCGGCACCACCACGCGUAGCAGCAGCACGACCACCACCGGCGGCAGCAGAAGCGCCACCAUUACCAGCAGCAGCAGCAGCAGCAGCAGCAGCAGCAGCAGCAGCAGCAGCAGCAGAAGCACCAUCAACAGCUCCACUAACAGCAGCAGCAUAACAAACAAGAACCCAACUGGCCGAGUCUCCUGUCUGCCGCCCAAAAGCCCCCUCUCCCUCCCCCUCUCCCCCUGUAUGGGCUUCUCCCCGCACUCCCUCCCCUCCUCCUCCGCCUCUUCCCCCUUCUCCUUCUCUUCCGCCUCAUCCCCGUCUUCCUUCUCCGCCCCAACUUCCCCUUUCUCCGCUUCUUCCCAAUCCUCCACCAAUCCCCCCUCCCCCCUCUCCUCCGCCUCCUCCUCCCCUACUGCCCUUUCUGCCGACACCAAUGCGGCAACUGUCGCCGCCGCUGCCGCCAGCGCCGUCGCGGCUGGUGCUGGCGCUGGUGCUGGAGCUGGUGGUGCUGCUGCUGCUGCUGCUGGUGAUGGUGGUGGUGGUGGUGGUGGUGCUGCUGCUGCUGCUGCUGCUUCUGCUGCUCCGUCCGUCCCUCCGUCCGUCCCUCCGUCUGUCCCCCCGUCCGUCCCUUCGUCCGUCCCUCCGUCCGUCCCUCCGUCCGUCCCUCCUGCUGCUCCUCGGUCCUCUCUUCUGGCAGCUGCCGCCGACGAUUGUCGAGCGCUUGUUGCGCCACCCACAACCUCCACACCCCCCACAACCUCCACACCCCCCACAACCUCCACACCCCCCACACCCCCCACACUGCAGAGCCAGCCGUCCGCUUCCCAGCCCUGUCCCUCCUCCCAAACCUCCACCGCCCGAGCCUGCACUUUCCAAGCCUGCCCGUCAGGCUUGGCAGGCUUGCUGCAGGACUGCCAAGAGGCGGUGUCUCGAGCGUUGGAGGACUUUGAAGCGAGGCUGGAUGGGAUGGUGCUGGGGACGCACUCCCCUCCGCACUCCCCUCCGCACUCCUCUCCGCACUCCCCUCCGCACUCCCCCCCACACUCCCCCCCGCACUCCCCUUUUCUCUCCACUACUACCGAGAGUGUCUCUCCUUCUGCUGCUGCUGCUUCACCUGCGGCACCUGUUGCGGCCAACGCUGCUGAAGGGGCACUUGUUGAUGCUGAAGGUCUUUCUUUUGAAACGCGUGAACCAGCAGCAGCAGCAGCAGCAGUGGAAUCAGGAGCAGCAGCACCAACGGCGGCAGCAGCAGCAGCAGCAGCAGCAGUAGCAUCCGCCCCAUUCCCCCUCACCUGCUUUGCUAGUCCCCUACCCUCCCCCCUACCCUCCCCCCUACCCUCCCCCCGCUCCUCUCCUCUCCCCUCUCCCCGCCCCUCGUCCCUCGCCUUUCCCCGCGCCUAUCCUUUCGCCUCUCCGCUUGCCUCCCCUCUCCCCUCCCCCCGCCCCUCUCCCCCCAGCUAUGCGCCCCCCCCCAUAAGAUCCCCCCGUUCCGCCAGCGCGCAGGCGUCGCCCAGAGGAGGGGGGGGAGGGGGGGGAGCAGGUAGGGUGCAGUGGGAAGGGCCCAGGGGCAGCGCGGAAGCACAUGGUAUCGCAUCCCCGCGUUCCGCCAGUGCGCUGGCGGCAUCCCCCAGGGGCAGCGCGGAAGGCAGCGGGGGGGAAGCACAUGCGCUGAGAUCCCCCCGUUCCGCCAGCGCGCAGGCGUCGCUCAGUGGACGAGGGGGAGCAGGCAGCGCGCAGUGGGGACGCCCCAGGGGCAGCGGGGACGUCAGUGGAGGCAGCGGCGGGAGGGACGGGGGGAUGGGCGGAGGAGGCAAGGGGGGGAGCAGAGGAGGAGGAGGCGGAGGGGAAGGGAAGGCAGGGGAUGCGCCCUGCCUCUCCCCUCGUGUUGCCAACGGGGGGCUGACGGAUAGGGGGAGAAUGAGAGUUCCAAGAAUGGACUCCUCUGCAGGAGUGGGGUCGAGAAAUGGGAGGGGUUUGACAGCAGCAGCUCAGAGCACAGAUAUAGGGGCCAUGGUGCACGGAGCACAGGGUGGUGGGACCGUUGCAGGUACGGGAAUGAGUAUGAGUAGGAGCAGGAGCAUGAGCGCGUUGCACGGCGAGGGCAAGGGGACGGAAGCCACGCCUGCAGCCUCCCCUUUCCGAGGCUUACCUUCUCCGCCAGGUGCUGCCUCAGGUGCUGCCUCAGGUGCUGCCUCAGGUGCUGCUUCAGGUGCUGCUUCAGGUGCUGCUUCGGGUGCUUCUGCAGGUGCUGCCUCAGGUGCUGCUUCAGGUGCUGCUUCAGGUGCUGCUUCGGGUGCUUCUGCAGGUGCUGCCUCAGGUGCUGCCUCAGGUGUUGCCACAGGUUCUGCCUCAGGUGCUGCUUCUGGUGCUGCCUCAGGUGCUUCUGCAGGUGCUGUCUCAGGUUAUGCUUCUGAUGCUACAACAGGUUUUGCUGCAGCAGACCAUUCAAAACCCUCUGCCCUCUCAUGCACUCUCUCCUCUUACCCCCUCCCUCACCUCUCCCCUCGCUCUCCUUCUCACGGCUCCCCACACCUUCCAAGCUCCUCCCUGCCCCCGAACUCUGCCAGCCACUCCCCCUCUCCCCACUUUCCCUCACCCCGCCCCUUCUCAUCUCUACCCGCAUCUCCUCACCUCCCUUCUCCCCACCUCCCUUCUUCUCAACCCCCCUCUCCCCAGUCUUCCUCUCUCCUACCCCCCUCCCCUCGUUCCCUGCCUAAACCCGGCCCCCUCUCUGUCAAAUCGCACUCCUCUUCCGCUCUCAUCCCCCCAUCCAAACCCCUCUCUUCCUUCCCCUCCUCUUCUUCCUUCCCAAAUUCCUCCUCUCCCUCUUCCUAUCAACCUCCUCCCUCCUCUUCUCCCUCCUCUUCUCCCUCCUCACUUUCUCCUCUCUCUGCUGCGCCUCUCAGCACCUCCUCCUUCUUCUCCUCCUCCUCCUCCUCCUCCUCCCCCUCUCCCACUAAUAACGCAAUGAAGCCUUCACACACACGGAAACAGCAUCCUACCCCUCAGCUGCACCGGCCGCACGAGCAGCAGCAACACCAGCAGCAGCAACAGCAACAGCAGCAGCAACAGCAGCAGCAGAAACAGAACCAGAACCAGCAGCAGCAGCAACAGCAGAAACAGCAACAGCAACAGCAAAUGCAGCAGCAGCACCAGAACCAGCAGCAGCAGCAGCAGCAGCGCCAUAUGAAUCAUCGGCGCAUGUCCCUGUCCCUAGACCUGCGAGAGACAGUGUGGGCCGGUGCUGCAGAAGCAGACGAGAUCAUUCCCAUAGCACGCGCUGCUCCCUCUCUUGUUGACCAGGGAAAGGGGGGAUUCUGCACCAUUGCUGCUGCGAACCUGCAGAGGCCAUGGAAAUUGCACCCAUCCCAACCGCAUUCUACCGCACAGCAGCUGCCAGUCUCAAAGCAGCACCAGUACCAGCUUCAGCAGCACCAGAGGCAAUGGCAGCAGCAACGCCAGCAGCAGCAGCAGCACGAAAGAGUGAGGCGGCGACGCUUGUCCCUAUCACUGGAUCUUAGGGAGACAGUGUGGGCCGCUGAGCCGGGCGGCAUUGCUCCAGUAGUGAAGGGCCCGGAGGGUGCGGAGGCAGUGAACAAGCAACUCAAACAAGGCACUGGUGGUAGAGGCAGCUCUGGUUACAGCAGCCCUUACAGAGGCCCAACAGGAGUCGUUACCACCUCUCUUGGUUCUCUCUCUGCUCCUGGGCCUCUCUGUCCCAAUCCUGUUCCUGUUGAAUUAAGGAGUCCAGGGGCGGGUAGCACCCCUGUUGCGAACCCUUACAAUGCUCGGCCUGCUGCCAGUCUUGCUGCUGCACCACGUGGGGACUCCCAUUCCUCUCCGCAUGCCCUUAUCAAUUCCCCUCACCAGCCGCAGCCGAAGCAGUGCCACCUUGAUUCUGUCCCUCCCCGCCGUGCCCCCACCCCCACCCAUACCUUCUCGCCCUUGCAGCACAUCGCCUUACACUCCUCCCACACCCCCACACACAACUCCCCUCACUCGUGCUCCUCCUCCCCUCACUCCAUCUCCUCCGCUCUCUCCUCCCCUCACUCCUCCCCUCACUCCUCACCUCACUCCUCCUCUCCCUCACUCCACCGCUCCCCUCUCCGCCCUCCACACCACCCCUCCCCUCUCCACCGCUCCUUCUCUUCCCUCUCUUCCCUCUCUUCCUCCUCUCACGCGCUCAAACCCGUGCAAGCAGCCUGUAGCCCUCUGGAAGUCCCUAGUGCCAUCAAACGCAGCCGGACUGCCACAAUGGCUACUAGCCGCAGCAGAAGCAGCAGCAGCAGCAGAAGCAGCCCCUCCAGCAGCAGCAGUGCUGCCGGCACUUUGUUCACUGCGGGUGUGUCGAGGACGGGGCGUGGAGCAGAGCCGUGUGCUUCUGAGGUGUCUCAGCAACAGGCUCUGCUGUCUGCUGAUGCCUCUAGGGUGGGAGGAGGAGCGGGGGUGUGCGGGGCGCAGGUGAGUGGGGUGGUGGAGGGGGGAGGUGCAAGAAAGGUGCACGUGGUGGCUCGGCACAAGAAGAGUCCUUCUAUGGGUGCUCUGCCCUGGGCUUCCCUUGCUGCUGGUGCUGCUGCUGGUGGUGCUGGUGGUGCUGGUGGUGCUGGUGGUGCUGGUGAGGGUGUUUCUGCUUCUGCUAGGAUGGCGAAAAGCGAGAGCGUGAGUAGCAGCAGCAGCUGCAGAGGCAGCAGCAGGGAGUUGGUAAGACAGGAAGGUACCAGCAGCGGCGGCAGCAGUGGGAGCUGCAGGCACGGCAGCAACAACAGCAGCAGCAGCAUGAGCAUGAGCAGCAGCACCAAAGAGCGAGCUGCCGACUCUGGCAGCUAUAGUGCAGGAGAAGGCAUCAUGCGACGGUGUAUUACAGCAUGUGGGCAGCCUUUAGCGAGUCCAAGGAAUGCUUAUAAUGGAGCACUGCAGGCUCGAUGGCAAUCCAAGGAGACAGGAGAUCAAGGGGAUACGGUGCAAGGGGAAGGAGUGCAAGGGGAUGCAGGGCAAGGGGAAGGAGUGCAAGGGGAUACAGUGCAAGGGGGAGGAGUGCAAGGGGAUGCAGGGCAAGGUGGAGGAGUGCUGCGGCGAAGAGGGCCGGGAGGCAAAGGAGGGGGAAGAGGAGGGGGAAGGGGAGGGGGAGGUGGUAAAGGAAGGGGGCCAGGAAUCGGCAUGCCUCACAUGCAUAACAUGCCUCACAUGCAUAACAUGCCUCACAUGCAUAACAUGCCUCACAUGCAUAACAUGCCUCACAUGCAUAACAUGCCACAUGGAGUUGGCACUGGGAAUGCACAUGGGACGACCCAGGCCCGCCCGCUCCAUGCAACCCAAAGAGCCGCUACAACUCAUCUCGCCUAAGAUAGUUACUCACUGCAUUAGCCAAUCGGCCGAGCUGUUUGAGGUGUGCUACGAUGUAUGUGUGGUGGUGAUAGUUCGAUGAGGCACAGUGGGCAAAAGGGUCCGGAGUUCAAAAGUUUUGGUAUCCGUCCGUAAGAGGGCUCAUGGAUCCUAGACAGACACGGUGGAUAUAAUCAUGGUGUUUGGUGUUCGGAAUGCCUUGUUUUUGUUAACGUAGAAACGAAAUGAUUACUAG